GAGGAAGUCAAGGAGGAGGGCGGGCCUGACAGCCGUGCUGCUCACUUCCGGAAGUGGGUUCUGUUUCACCAUGCUUGCGGAGCUCGGUUUAAUCGGGACGAUAGGCGAAGAUGACGAGGUGCCAAUGGAGCCAGAGUCUGACUCUGGAGAUGAGGAGGAAGAGGGGCCCAUUGUGCUGGGCCGAAAGCAGAAAGCCUUGCAGAAGAACCGCAGUGCUGAUUUCAACCCUGACUUCGUUUUUACCGAGAAGUGGGGGAUGUAUGAUGACAGCUGGGCCCUGGCUGAUGUCAUGAGCCAGCUCAAGAAGAAGAGGGCAGCCACUACCUUAGAUGAGAAGAUUGAGAAAGUGCGAAAGAAAAGGAAAACGGAGGAUAAAGAAGCCAAAUCAGGGAAGUUGGAGGAGAAAGAAGCUCAGGAGGUCUCUGACCCGGAGGAGCAGGCAGGCCUUAAAGGGAAAGAGGAAGUAGCAGGCUCCGCAGAUGAAGAAUCAGAGACUGACUACUCAUCCGCGGAGGAGAACAUCCUCACCAAAGCAGAUACACUCAAAGUAAAGGAGCGGAAGAAGAAGAAGAAGAAGAAAGGACAGGAAGCAGGAGGAUUCUUUGAAGAUGCAUCUCAGUAUGAUGACAAUCUCUCCUUCCAGGACAUGAACCUCUCCCGGCCUCUUCUGAAGGCCAUUACAGCCAUGGGCUUCAAGCAGCCCACACCAAUCCAGAAGGCAUGCGUCCCUGUGGGUCUGCUAGGGAAGGACAUCUGUGCCUGUGCAGCCACUGGGACAGGUAAAACUGCAGCUUUUGCUCUGCCAGUCCUCGAGCGUCUGAUCUACAAGCCCCGCCAGGCCCCAGUCACCCGAGUGCUGGUGCUAGUUCCCACCCGGGAGCUGGGGAUCCAGGUGCACUCCGUCACCAGGCAGCUAGCGCAGUUCUGCAGCAUCACCACCUGCCUGGCUGUGGGGGGCCUAGAUGUGAAGUCGCAGGAAGCAGCUCUUCGGACAGCACCUGACAUCCUCAUUGCCACCCCGGGUCGGCUCAUUGAUCACCUCCACAACUGCCCUUCCUUCCACCUGAGCAGCAUUGAGGUGCUUAUCCUGGAUGAGGCUGACAGGAUGCUGGACGAGUACUUUGAGGAGCAGAUGAAAGAGAUCAUCCGAAUGUGCUCCCACCACCGUCAGACCAUGCUUUUCUCAGCCACCAUGACGGAUGAGGUGAAAGAUCUGGCUUCAGUCUCACUCAAGAAUCCUGUCCGGAUAUUUGUGAACAGCAACACAGACGUGGCUCCUUUCCUGCGGCAGGAGUUCGUACGGAUCCGGCCUAAUCGGGAAGGGGACCGGGAAGCCAUUGUUGCAGCUCUGUUGACGAGAACCUUCACUGACCACGUGAUGCUGUUCACUCAGACCAAGAAGCAGGCCCACCGCUUGCACAUCCUCCUGGGGCUCCUGGGGCUGCAGGUGGGUGAGCUCCAUGGCAACUUGUCACAGACCCAGCGGCUGGAGGCCCUCCGACGCUUUAAGGAUGAACAGAUCGAUAUCCUUGUGGCCACCGAUGUGGCAGCCCGUGGACUUGACAUUGAAGGGGUCAAAACGGUAAUCAACUUCACCAUGCCCAACACAAUCAAGCACUACGUGCACCGGGUGGGACGAACGGCACGUGCUGGCAGGGCUGGGCGCUCUGUGUCUCUGGUGGGAGAAGAGGAGCGGAAGAUGCUGAAAGAGAUUGUGAAGGCCGCCAAGGCCCCCGUGAAGGCCCGGAUUCUUCCCCAGGAUGUUAUCCUCAAAUUCCGGGACAAGAUUGAGAAGAUGGAGAAAGAUAUUUAUGCAGUGCUGCAGCUGGAAGUGGAGGAAAGAGAGAUGCAGCAGUCGGAAGCCCAGAUCAACACAGCCAAGCGGCUUCUGGAGAAGGGGAAGGAGGCACCAGACCAAGAACCUGAGAGGAGCUGGUUCCAGACUAAAGAGGAGAGGAAGAAGGAAAAAAUUGCUAAGGCCCUGCAGGAGUUUGACUUGGCCUUAAGAGGAAAAAAGAAAAGGAAGAAGUUUAUGAACGAUGCCAAGAAAAAGGGAGAAAUGACAGCAGAGGAAAGGUCCCAGUUUGAAAUCCUCAAGGCACAGAUGUUUGCUGAGCGGCUGGCCAAGAGGAAUCGCAGAGCCAGGCGGGCCAGGGCAAUGCCUGAGGAGGAACCAGCGAAAGCCCCUGACAAGAAGCAAAAUCCAAGGAAGAAAUCUGUAUUUGAUGAAGAACUCACCAACACGAGCAAGAAGGCCCUAAAACAGUAUCGAGCUGGCCCUUCCUUUGAAGAAAGGAAACAGUUUGGUUUGCCCCACCAGAGAAAAGGAGGAAACUUCAAGUCCAAGUCCAGAUACAAGAGGAGGAAGUAGCUGUGAUGGCCUGAAGAAGUUUGUGAUGCAGCCUUAAAUCCCUUCCCUGUGGGAAGUCAUCCUGGUUUGGUUUAUAUUGUCUCCAUUUGCUUAAAAAAAAAAGUUUUAAAAAGCCUGUCAUUGGUACAUUAGAAAAAAUUAAAAGUUGGGGCAGUGAUAUGCAUGUUUCCUAAGCAUCAUUACCCAAGACCCCUGUUUUUGUUAGCUUUCUAGUUGCAUGAGGGGGGUUAAGUUUAGUAUCUCUGCCCUUGGUGGCGGUAUAUGCUGGCUCUGUCAUGAACACUUGGAAUGCAUACUGUUUAUUCUUCUACCGGGGUUGGGUGUAGAGAGAGGAGAUGCUUGCUAGGGAAACAUUCUCCUGUUUUUUGCUCUUUAUUAUUUUACAUUCUUCUGUUAGUAGUCCAGAACUAAAGGUGUUACUGAGCAGCAGCCACGUCCUGGACAUUCAGCAUGCUGUGCUGUGUCUGUCUGUUCACUACAUGCCUGUCAGACAGGAAUUGUUAUUCUCAUGUCCCCACUGAAGAAACAGAAGCUUGGAAAGACUCACUUCCCAGGGUUGCACAGCUGGUGGGUAAUUCUGGUUUUUGAAACCAGUGUACCCGAACCCAUACUGUUAACCCUUAGCACUGUGCUACAGAAGUGCUGCUGGAAAGAUAGAAGCUCAAAGAGGGCAGAAGGAACUCUUUGACUCCAUAAAUUAGCGCCUCACAGAAACCACCUUUUAAGCUACAGGAUGGUUCUCAUCCUUUUGUGAAUCACCUGGUUAGACGAAAACUGUGGAGCAUCUUUUGGAGUAACUGUGGUUCAUGCUCUGCACAAUUUUAGGGAGUGUAUUAGACCCCCCCCAUCUUAGAAAUUAUAGUUCUGUGCCCGGUGUGGUGGCGCACACUUGUAAUCCCAGCACUCAGGAGGCUGAGGCAGGAAGAUUGC